UGGGGAAUGUUAGACGUCACGAAUGGAACAGAGACUCCGAUUGACCAAUCGGAGCAAAGAAAUCGCAAUUUCCACACGGUUGGAAAUCGCAAAUACGCUGGCCACAUAUGCUCAUAUGUAAGUACGCUGUUCUGUGCUCCAGCAAAAAGGCGGGAAGCGACGAGGACGUCGUGAAGUCGCGAACCUGUUCUCUAUUGUGGUGUUGUCUUGUGAGAAACGAGCGGCGUUGAAAUACAUUUCGUGACAGAACGCAAGGUGACAGAAAGAAAAAAAAGUGGUUAAAAAGUUAUUAAAAAAUCAUAUCUCGGAAUAUGAAGGAUAUCAAACAGUAUUUUGUCAACGGCACGAAGCUUGAUGACGAGAAGGUCGCUGCAAGUGUUGACAAAGUUGUAGAACCUAGAAAAAAGGAGAAAUUGUUGGAGACAAUCGCGACAGGUAAACGCGAACGCGUGAAGAUUCGAAUAUCGCGGACCUCCUCCAAGGAGAGAACAUGCAACAUAGUAGAGAGCAAACACGAUCUGAUUGACAAAACGCCUAGUCCAUUUAAUGGCAAGGUAAAGAACAACGAGAGAACUGUGCAUAAGGAGACACCAAAGUCCUGUCUAACCAAACCGAAGCGGAGACUCAACAAGAAUUCUGAACUCAUCGCAGAAAUAAAUAGAAAUCAAGCUGAAGAAGCAAAGUUUGUGCAAAAUAAAAAGGAGUUUAGUGAAGAAAUUAUUGUGGAUUCAGACAACUCUUCUUUCAAUGAUAGUAUGAAGAACAUUAAUGGGAAUCCUGUAAAUACAUCAAAUGCAGAACUCUGUAACGAAAUCGGUUCUCAGCGAGAAGAAUCAAAUGCGUUUCAAGUUCUGAUGAAUCGCAGUAAGCCAAUACAGUAUAAAACCCCACCACAGCAAUCUAUGGAAGAUGUUGAGUGUAAAGAAAAAUUGGAUGCAAAAGAGUUGAAAGCUAGACAUAAAGAAAAACUGAUAGCCUUAGCUGAUAAAAAAGGUUAUUCGAAAAGAAAGAUUGCUGAAAUGGAAGAAGGUGAAAAAAUAGAUAAGAAUAUAGAAAAUCGUAUGAGAUAUUUCAAAAGUGAUACCACAGACGAUACCACACAUAAAAAAGAUGAUAGUAUUGGAUUAUCUAUUAAAAAUAACAAACAACAAUCUGGGAAUUUGCUAGAUUAUUUCAGUAAAUCACCCUUAGGAUCGACAAAUAAAGAUGAAAAAUGUGCGUCAACUUUUAUUGUAAAAGCAGACGUACAUCGAACCGAUAAUUCCACGGACAUUGAACCUAUAAUGAAAUCGAUAUCGAACAAGAGAUAUUCUAGCAAAAAAUGUUCAAAGUCAGAAUUGAAUCUUUCUACAGUGGAUGAUAUUCACAUUAUAGAAACUGAAAAUUUGUAUUUGCCGCAAACAACCAAGGAGGAUAAGCAAAAGCGGGAGAAACCCCGUUGGUCUUUACGUAUAAAACUUAAUUCUUCUGAAGAUAACAAUUUUUUAAAUGAUACUGAUGAAGACAUCUUUUUACCGAGAAGUAAAUCGAAGUUUAAUUUAUCGAGUAAAUCUCGAAAUUCUGUAAAUAUGGAAGAUAGUAGAGCUUAUUCGAAAGAUUAUAAUGGGCAUACUAAAACAAAAACGCAAAAUAAGGAGAAGAAAGAAUCAAUCAGUAAGCAAAAAGAGGACAAUGUGCAACACAACACUGCGAAAGACGCUAUCGUUGUCGAUAACAAUAGAGAUGUUGAUACACAGUUAAAAAAAUCGAACGGGAUUGUUGAAGUGAUAGAAAAGUUUGACACGAUUAUAACAGUGAUCGAUGAUACCGAAUGUGAAAUUAUCAAUGAAAAUGGCCUGAAAAGAAAGCCGAACGAAAAAUUGGCGCCAUUGUUCACUAAACGACGUAAAAUAAAUCCGAUUGUCGCAGCGGCUAGACGUUCGUUCUUGCAAUCUGACAUCGACAUGGAGAAUAAAAACACAGAUCGUAAGAUAUGCAGCAACAAUAACGUGUCUUCAUUACCGUUUCCCGCAAUCAGUCACGUGAGACAAUUGGAAGAUACGUCGCAUUCGAUGGAAAUGGAGAUAAAAUUUAAAUAUUCGGCAAAAGUCGAGAAAAAAUAUUUGCCUUUGAUUGAUAUUAAUAACUAUAAAUGUAUUAGUAAUUAUAGUAUAGCAUCGAAUGCGAUUAAAUUGAAAAUUAACGAACCAGUAAAAGAAGAUUUUGAUGAAGCGUUGUCCGAGAUAGAGAAGCUUUGUCCAGAUGCGAGGAAAAUAUGGAAGACUAUAUCAACUAUCAAGGGCGAUUCGGAGAAGAGAUCACCGCUGCGAACGAAAAGCAGGAAGACGAGAUCGCUCGAGCGAAAGAAGAUAUUGACGGAGAACGUUAAAAACGUACUAGAUCCAUCGCAUGACUGCACAUGGAUAUGUAAGUAUAAACCGAAGAGCGCGGAAGAGAUAGUAGGAAACGAGGAAGCUGUGGGAAAACUGAAAGACUGGCUAAGCAGCUGGAGAGCAUCUUUAACGAGAGAGGAUGACGGCAGCAGCGGCGACGAGUUCUAUUCGUCGGACUGCAGUUCUUCGUGCAACAACCGUGAAAAUAAUCAAAUAGCUGUAUUGUUAGGCCCACAUGGCAGUGGGAAGACUGCGAGCGUUUACGCGGUAGCGGAAGAACUGGGUUACAGUGUGCUUGAAGUAAACGCGUCCUCUAGACGAACGGGAAAGAAAAUUUUGAAGGAACUGGAGGAAGCCACCAAGUCGCACAGAAUCAAAAAGAACGAACAUAAAUCCCCGUUUGAACGAGUCGCGAAUAAAAACGAGGCCCCGAAGAUAUCGCAAAAUUCUUUAAUUCUUCUAGAAGAUAUUGAUCUCGUUUUUGAAGAAGACGAAGGAUUCAUUUCUGCCGCAAAUCAAUUGGCGUCAAACACCAAACGACCGAUCGUCAUGACGUGUAGAGACACGUGUCCUCACUUGAGCAAAAUGGCACCGCAGCAGAACAAAAUUUACUUUCAGAAAGUAAACGGUAGCAGGGUAUCCACUUUGCUAGAUUUAAUUUCUCUAUCGGAAACCAAUCGUAGGCUUCCACACGCUUGUAUAAUGAAAUUACUACAAGCGGGCGAUUUACGACAGGCACUGCUCCAGUUGCAAUAUCUACUGCAAUUUGUCCAACUAUUAUCCGUACAAUCUACGACCAUUAAGCCGUCGCUUUGGCAGAGCAUGCAACGCUAUUUGUACAAGCCUGCGAUUAAACUAACAAAUAGACAUAGGACAAAGAAAGAUACAAAUACAAAAAAGCUCAGCGUGGGUAUACUGAGUAAUUUAGCGGAGGAUCUAGACGGUUUAUCUUUAGUAUCAUCUUUAAUCGACAUCGAGGACACAGUGUUAAAUUUAUCGGAGGAGAAGACGCAACCCAAUUUAUCUUUAGCCGAAAAAAUAUCGUUCUAUUCCGCUUCGCGCGAUCUCAGCAUGGAUAUAGCAACUUUUAUUAGCGAUCGAAUACUCUGCAACGACUCGAACGCAAAUGAGCGCGCGCAGGAUCAAAAUAAUAUUAUUCUGAGGAAACGACUGAAUCAAGGAGUGGAUCUAGCGCUGUCGCACGUCACAUUUGCAUGUUUAGAUAGACGAAUUAUGGCGUUAGAUUAUCUUCCGAUCGCACGAGCGAUAUGUCGCGCGGAAGAAUCUCGUUCUGCUGUUAAUUACAAGCGAAGUAAUCGUUUUUUCCAUUAUCUGCACAGCCUAAACGUGCCGACAUCGUCGAUGAAACCGAAUAUUUUAGCCGCCGCGUGUAGAAUGUUGCAAGAAAAAGAGGAUAAAACUAUAUCUGCACGAGUUGUUACUAGUGAUUGAUGCCUUAAAAAAUAUGCAUUCUAUUUAUCUAUAUGUGAUGUAUAUAUCUUUGAUUUAUAAUAUCAAUAAAUUAAAAUAAUUUUAUAAUGUA